AUGCAGCUCCCUACCCUCACCCUCCUCACCCUCUCCACCUUGGCGACUUUAUCUACUUCCACCCCCGUAGACAACGGAAUCCCUAUCUCGAACGUACUCACCGCCCUCGGCGCCGCCAAACCCGUCACACCCUCAACCGUCGCCAAACCAGUCACACCCUCAGCCGUUGCCAAACCCGUCACACCUUCUGCCGCUCCAAAGCCUGCCACACUCCCUGCCACUACUAAGCCUUCCACUCUGCCUGCAGUCGGCGCCGCCGGCCCGCACAUCAGCUCAUUAGACGACAUCGCCCUUCUCGGCGCCACAGGCAGCGUGGCCUCGACCCCUGCCAUCCUCACCUACCUGCGCUCCACCACCACCGAGGUCAAGAAACAUACGCUGAACAUCAACAACACGCUCGCCUCCUACAACCGGCUCGACCUCAACUUCCUGACGAAGCGGGCUAGCAGCAUCAUCCAAAUCAGGUCCGAGGUGACGGUGAUUUGCUACAGCCUUACGCAGCUGAACACGGCGAGUAUUGGACGGUGGACGGACAGUAUUGGGGAUUUGGCGAGCGUGAGGGCGCAGUUGCUGGCGGCAGUGCAGGAGUUGGUGUGGGAGAUUGUGUUUACGCUUAGGGGCGCGUUGACAAUCUGGGAACUCCUCGGCUCGCAGGUCCUCGUGCUGCUGGUCACGUUCGGACAGCUCUUCUGCAUCCUGAACGUCUGGAUCGAUGGGUUCUUGAAACUUGCGUUGGGUCUGUUGAAUGCGCAGAUUGGCAUUCUGACGAGCGUAUUCGCGGGUGUGUUGUCGUAUGUGGUGGAUGUUGCGGGUGGGCUCUUCACCCAGGUGACGAAGCUUUUGACGUGUCUGCUUUCUUAA